UUGGAAAGCAAACUUACUCUUCAGGUUCGACGUUUUCAGUCCAAUUACUCCCAUUUCCGGAAACCGUUAUUACCAUCUAUACAAUUGGAGCGACGUAAAGUUUAUUCCUCCCCCAAGAAGAUGGAUCCGAAGCUGUACGGCUAUGCUAGCACUGGGGACAUUCACUCCCUCAAGGGGCUUCUCGAUAGAGACCCAAGCGUACUCCAGAGGUGCACUCCUCAAGGAAACACGGCCCUCCAUGUUGCUGCUAGAUUCGGACAAAGACCGGUUUUCGCAGAGAUCUAUAGUCGAUGCAAGUCCCUUCUCAUGCAGCCUAAUUCCGAGGGAGACACUCCUCUGCAUGUAGCUUCAGGGACCGGCCAUCUUUCUGUUGUGAAGUUUCUAGUCACAGAGAUCACAUCGACGUCCCCUUCCCAGCUAGACAUUGAAAGCGGCUGUGACCGCAAUUUCGAGAUGCUGAGACUGGGAAAUAGAAGGAACAACACGGCCCUGCAUGAGGCGAUCAGAAACGGUCACUCGGAUGUUGUUAGGUUGUUAAUAAAAGCAGAUUCUCACCUUGUACUUUACGAAAAUAGUGCAGGAGAAUCCCCAUUGUACCUGGCUGCUAGAGGGGGCAUGGAAGAGAUCGUAAAUUGGAUCCUGACAUCAUGCCCUUUAUCUGCUCACGGCGGAUCAGAUGGCCAGACGGCGUUGCAUGCUACUGUGAGCACGGGGCAUUCUGAUAUAGUGAAAACCCUCCUAAGAGCAAAGCCGGAGCUGAUCAAAGAAGCUGACCACCAUGGCAGGACCCCUCUCUUCUAUGCAGCUUUUUCCGGAUACCACAAAUUGGUCCGGCAAUUGUUAGAGCUCAAUAUCUCAAGUGCAUAUGCAGUGGACAUAGAUGGUUUUUCGUCACUUCAUGCGGAAGCAAGUAAUGGCCAUGCCAAGGUUAUAAAAGAGAUUGUUUGGCAAUGCCCAGAUGCUGGAGAAUUGGCAGACCUAAAGGGACAAAACAUUCUUCAUGUUUCAGUGCUAAGUGGGAGAGCAAAUGUUGUCAGAUGCAUAUUGGAAACCGUUGAGCUCGAGGGCCUACUAAAUCAGCCUGAUCACAACGGCAAUACUCCUUUGCAUCUGACUAUCAUGGAAAGGAGAAGUUGGAUCGCAGCUUACCUGUUGCGGGAUGCAAGAGUUGAUCAUACAGCCCGGAACACUAAAGGGGAAACCGCCUUUGACAUAGAGGAGCUAACGAAGGAACCACAUGUUAUUCCCUCGGUCGCGACGCUGAAUUGGCGACAACUACGCCUCCCACAUCUUUGGAAUCUCCGGGGAGGAUUUUUCCCCUGUACUAGUGAACAAAAAGAUGGUGUCUGGAAUUCAGAACAGACUUACAAGCAAAAUUGUCAGACCUUACUGAUGGUCGCCACACUCAUCACAACUGUGACAUUUGCCGCAGCUUUCACAAUGCCCGGUGGUUAUAACAAUAACCCCGGCCCAGGCCAAGGAGUGGCCCUUCUCCGGUCAAGUGGUUAUCUCAAGCAGUUUAUCAUCUCCAACACUAUCGCGAUGACCUGCUCUAUAAUGGCCUCUUCCAUCAUACUCUGGGGUGCUGCUUUUGGCAAGAGACCAUACAGGCAUUGCUACGUGAUUGCAGCUGUGCUGACAACCGUCGCGCUGCAAUCAACUGCUAUGUCAUUCAAUACGGGUCUUGUGGCUGUGUUACCUGACCAAACAUAUGUCCACACCAUGGCUUACAUAGUUAGCUGUGCCUUCGAUCUUAACACCUGCUUGUUUCUCUUCAAACUGGCCCAGAUUUUUUCCUUCCCUGAGAUCUGCCACUCCUUGAUUUCCCACCUCAAAAGGCUCAAGCGUAUCAUCAAUUCCCACAUAGCAAAUAUAUAAUAUUCUUUAGCAAUGUUAUAUUGGAGAAAUUACUGACAACUUUUCCCCUUGUGUAUUUAGUGAAAUCUGCAA